AUGGAGAGAAUUAUGGCCGACCUGUAUUUUACUGCUGACCAGAAGCUUAAGGGGGCUGUUUCUUUGCUUCGCGACGAAGCAUAUCAGUGGUGGUUGAUCGUUAAGGAGGGCACCCAGCCUGACCGAUUGACAUGGGAUCUCUUUAAGACUGCUUUCCCGGGCAAGUACGUGGGGGCCAAUUAUAUUGAUGCCAGGAGACGGGAGUUUCUGAAUCUGGCACAGAGAGACAGAUCUGUGGCCAAAUAUGAGGCUGAAUUUCUGAGAUUGAGCCAUUACGUGCUAGGCAUGGUGGCAUAUGAAUAUGAGAGAUGUAUCCUAUUUGAGGACGGCCUUAGAAAUAACCUAAUGGUGCUAAUAGCUUCGCAGAGGGACCGUGAGUUUGCUGUUUUGGUUAAGAAGGCCAAGAUUACUAAGGAUGUUAAGCGCACGGAGCGCCACAAGAGGGGUAAAAACAAAAGAGAUUUAGAGCCCUCGAGUUCUGGGAUGAGGCCUAAGAAAAAGGCCAGAUCUGAUGGGCCUGUAAGAGUUGGGCCUCCGGUUGCACCUACUAGGGUGGCGUUGUGUGGGCAAUGUGGUAGAUGCCAUCCGGGAGAGUGUUGGAGGACUACUAGGGCGUGUUUAAGAUGUAGGUCGACUGAACACCAUGUUUGGGAUUGUCCGUUGAGAAUUGAUCAGGUGCAAGCUCUAAGUUCUGGUACUGUACAGCCACCGAGAGUAGUUUAG